GGGUGCUGAAUCUGGCGCGCGGACGCGUCUGUCUGUCUUUUGCACAGACUGUCUCUCUGUGAUGAGGCAUCUUCAUCCCUCUCUCUCUCUCUCUCUCUCUUUUCCUCAUACCCUCUCUCUCUUUCUCUUUUUCUCAUCCCUCUCCCUCUCUCUCUCAGUGCGCGCGCUUGGGUUCGGGUUGGGUCUCGCGCGGCGGGUCUGUUUGAUGUUGGAGUUUGGGUGCUGUGAGUAAUCGUUGGCUCGCGCUCGCGCUGCCCGGGUUUACAGCGAUGACGCGCAGGACCGGAGCGGGUCUCGCGCGUUCGGGUUCGGUUGGUCGCGGCUGCGCUCCGGCGCGAGGGAGAGCGAGCGGACGGCGCGUGUGACCCCCCCAUUCCCUCCUCCUCCUCCCCCGUUACCGUCUCCGUGUGGGAGCCCGUGGAGGCGCGCGGAAGCCCAGAAGACUCACAGGGAUGCCUCGCGCUCUCCUCCAACUCUUCACAACUUUGUUCGCGUGCCUGAUCGAGAUGGAUCACCUCAGGAUAAUGUUAGCGAAGGAGCACGAUCGUUCAUCCUCACGAGGUUCCACGUCCACCAUGUCCCCCUCAGAUUUCCUGGACAAGCUGAUGGGCAGAACGUCAGGCUACGACGCACGAAUAAGACCCAACUUCAAAGGUCCCCCCGUAAACGUCACCUGCAACAUAUUUAUCAACAGCUUUGGUUCUAUAGCUGAAACCACCAUGGACUACAGAGUGAACAUCUUCCUGAGGCAGAAGUGGAACGACCCCCGGCUCGCCUACAGCGAGUAUCCGGACCCCUCGCUGGAUCUGGAUCCGUCCAUGUUGGAUUCGAUCUGGAAGCCUGACCUGUUCUUCGCCAACGAGAAAGGAGCCAACUUUCACGACGUCACGACAGACAACAAGCUUCUGAGGAUCUCCAAGGAUGGAACGGUUCUCUACAGCAUCAGGCUGACCUUAAUCCUGUCCUGCCCGAUGGAUCUGAAGAACUUCCCCAUGGACGUUCAGACCUGCACCAUGCAGCUGGAGAGCUUCGGCUACACCAUGAACGACCUGAUUUUCGAGUGGCUGGACGAGGGGCCUGUGCAGGUAGCGGAGGGUCUGACCCUUCCUCAGUUCAUCAUGAGAGAGGAGAAGGAGCUGGGCUACUGCACCAAACACUACAACACAGGUAAGUUUACCUGCAUUGAGGUGAAAUUUAAGCUGGAGAGGCAGAUGGGCUACUACCUGAUCCAGAUGUACAUCCCCAGCCUGCUCAUAGUCAUCCUCUCCUGGGUCUCCUUCUGGAUCAACAUGGACGCCGCUCCGGCCCGCGUGGCCCUGGGCAUCACCACCGUCCUCACCAUGACCACCCAGAGCUCCGGCUCCAGAGCCUCACUGCCCAAGGUUUCCUAUGUGAAGGCUAUAGACAUCUGGAUGGCCGUGUGUCUGCUGUUCGUCUUCGCUGCUUUGCUGGAAUACGCAGGAGUGAACUUUGUAUCCAGGCAACAGAAAGAGUUCCUCCGGCUGAAGCGAAGGCAAAAGAGAAAUCUCAAGGAGGAAGAACUGAGGGAGGGACGUUUCCACUUCUCCGGCUACAGCAUGGCUCCGUGCAUGAAGGACGGCACGGUGGUGAAAAGCGCCACGGCCAACGCCAUCCAGCAGCCGUCCGCCCUGAGGGAUGCCGAGCACAACAGGAAGAAGUUUGUGGACAGAGCGAAGAGGAUCGACACAAUCUCCAGAGCGGCCUUCCCUCUGGCCUUCCUUAUCUUCAACAUCUUCUACUGGAUCACUUACAAAAUAAUCCGGCACGGGACCACCACCAAAGUGUAGCGUGUAGCGGACAAGCAUGCCUCAGAAAAGGCGAAAGGAAAUAGACGUUCUUCGUCUUCGUUCUUUGGAGAAACGGCAACGAGGGAAGCUCAGUGUAGUAGGAGGAUGCUGAUCUGUGCGGGGGCGUCGUGUUUUCAAUCAGGGAUAAAGGCAUAAACAGGAUUUGCGGACGAUUGUGGGACAGCAAUGCAGAAUUUUCCAAACAGAGCCAUUGCAUUACGGCUGAACAGAAGUAGAACAUGUUGGGUAAUCUGGAAGAGCUAUUCCUUCCAAGUAUGGUGCAGUCCGGAAGUAAAGGCACAGUAGCGUGGUUCGUUUUGGCACACUGGAUGUGAAAUGAAACGAGGACUACGAGGCUAAACAUCCGGGUGUAACUGAAGGGUAUUUAUACCUUAAAAGGGUGAACCAUUUCCACAUCUGUAGAUUCCUUUAACGGUGUCGUGUCCUUUUGAGGUAGUAGGACUGACCAACGUAUUCGUUAGUAAUGUCAUUACAUUACAAGUCUUUGGUUGCAAAUGCAUAGCUAGCCUAAAGUCUACAACUAAAGAACCUUAUUCUUAACUUGAGUUUGGUCCUGAAAAUCUUUACAGUUGUUCUGCAGGGUGGUGCUCCAUCAAGUUUUAAAGCGUUUGACAGAUACGAUCAUCUUAGAAGCUUCUGUUCACUUCAGGAUUCAUCUUAGCACUUGAUGGACAUAUACAGUAAAUUAAGACAAGAUUUUCAUUUCCACUGGCAGCCAAUUCAUGGCUGCAGACCAUGUGCAGAUGUGGUGGUUUGAUUUGAAAACUGAGCAGUCCCAUUUGCCAGUUCUGGUAGAGAUUAAUCUGUCCACGCACUUUUGUUGAACUCGGUUGAAGGUUUUUAUGUAUUCUUAACAAUCUGUAACAAGUACUGAGAUUUAACAAUAGAAACUUAACACUCGUUAGCAUGAUGCUAGUGCUUUAUAAAGCUCUAUAUAUUUGUUACGUGCUGGAUUCAAAAGGCAAAAAAGAUUCUCCAGUCAUUAAGUUUUACGGUCUUCCAGUCCAGUCCAGUCUACGCAGGUUUUUGUUGGUAAUGCUAUCCUCACAAUGUGAUCUGUUGUCUAAACGCUCUGCCAUUUGUUUUGGCUCUGCCGGUGACUGAUUUAUUCUGCGCUCUAGAAUCAACUUUUAUUAGCUCGCCAGUGCAUGAAUUAAUGCUGCAGUGACACACACAUCUGGUCCAGCCAUUGUUUUGAUUAAUUCUAAUUAUACAAAGGGCUGUAAUUCUUACGUGGUUCACCGAAUGGAUGUAAAUACCCUCGAAUUAAAGCUGACAUUCCGCGUCGUUUCAUUUCAGAUCCAAAGUGCUGGAGCACCGAGCCAAAACAGUAACAUCCAAUUACUUAUAGAUUGCACUGUAAACACAGUUCUUGCCAAAUUCGAUGUGACAGUAUUGCCACAGUAUUUGUAUUUGCCUCAAACACAACACUAACAUUCCAACGGUUUAUACAACCCAGUCCAGUUUUUACAAAAUUUCAUACGAAAGGAGGAUUAUCGGUUUUAUACUGUUGUCUUUUGGCUUCGGACAGUUUGUACGAAUUCAGUCACAAUUCCUUCCUCUUAUUGAGCUGCAAAAACUGCAGAGCACCUGUUUUACAGUGCGUGCACAUUCACCAAAUCCUUGGGACGUGUGAAGUUAAAAUCCGAGGCUGCGAGUGAAGCGCUGCAAUCGUUGGAACCCUUAAGCCUUAGACGAGACCUGCUCAGUUAGGAUGCGAUUUUAUUUCCUUGGACUAAUGAUGCAAAUGUUCAAAGUGUUUCUCUUGUACUGCUUACGUGAACGGCUAAAGCUUGUGUCUCAGAAUGGCUGGUAUUUUCAACAACAUUUUAAAAAAGUAAACCUUGUAGUCACGAAUACCAAUGUGUCGUUUGGUGUUUAAUUGCUGUGCGGAACAUGAAAAAUAAAAACAAGCCCCGGGGA